CGUUUGCUGGCCACGCCAUCAAGCUGAAUCUCGCCAUCUGAGCAUCGAAUAGAGCUGAGAGCUGCAGGCCAGCCAACAUGGCGCCGCCAGGCCCUUCAGCUGAAUCUACAAUGAACACACCGCUUGCGCCUAGCGUCGAGAAAGCAUACUACCGAAAAUGUAUUCAACUCAAACGCCGCCUGAACGAAGUCGAAGCCGCCAACGAUGAAGCUCGAACGCGACGAUUGCGCCUCGACAGAGCCAUCAUGAAGAUGCGUCUCGAGCGCGCCUUCCUGCUUGACGAACUACGGAAACGCAUGGAAUACAACAUCGACGCGAGCGAAGGAAGCGGAGACGAAGGCGCGCAAACUCCGCCACCAGAUCGGCCAUAUCGUGAUAAGAGGCGACGUCGCGCAUCUGUUACCCAAGCACCACCUCCUGCGAACACUUUGCAGUCCGGGCAAUAUGCAUUUUCUGCUGCACCUAGCCUUGCUGGUCCGCCUGUGCCAGUUCCAGGAGGUCAAACUGUGCCGGGCAAUGCUGUACACGAUGACGGCAACUACGCUACUUCCGAGUCAGUUGCGCAUCAAUCCGCAAGGCCAGCGCCCCCGCCCGCGCCUCUCUCGCACGGCAGUCCCUACGCUCCAACAGGUCCACCGACUGGGGUGCCUAGUGGCGCCGCGACGCGAGAUGUGAAUGGCGUCGAUUCUGAGAGACAUGUAGAUCGAGGCGCAGGCGCAGUGGGCGAACCAGUUGGCGCUGGCUCAGCAGUCCCCGAGGUAGAUGGCGAGAGAAAGGCCGCGCCGGCAGCAGCUGAAGGAGAGAGCAGUCGUAGUGCAUUUACAGCGGUCAACCAGUAAGACUCAUGCGUACACUAGAUGGUCGUCUUUGGCGCCGUAUGCAUCUUGGGAAUGGACGCAAACCAUUGCGGCGCGAGCGAAGCAUCGCGAAGGCCAACAAUUGCCAUAUGGGAGGCAUUUGAAUUCUGAAAAAUCGAGGCU